AUGGAACAUGCUCAGCUGCGUCGGCCCUCAUGUCAAUACUUGCUAGAUGACGACAUAGAAUACUACAACGAGGCAGAGCCAGUGACAUCGCAAUGCCCUCUUCUUCCCGGACAGCCUGUCAAUGUGCUUCAUGUUCCUAUCAUUCUACCUGAUACACGUCCAACCCAUACUGGUGAGAGAAUCUCCAAUUCUCGGAAAACAGAUCAGCGAACCAUGAAUCCGGAUGACAAGUAUAUGAAUCCUCGGCGUCCUCCUAAACCAAAACUUCCUCGCCUUCAGACGUCUCCUCCGCUGUUACAGCACGCAGCUUGGACUUUUAACUCCUCCCCAUUGGGAGUUGUAACCAGCAAAUGUUCCUCUCAACCUGGUAGCGCCACACCUGUUGUUAGGAACCAUGACAUUUCCAAGGGUCUAAGCUGCAAAGCCUCUCGGUCUGUGUCUCCUCCAAGAUCUAGAGGUCUACGAGCGGCAUUCCGGCACUGGAACGCUUCCUCACCCGAACUUGGUGCCUCAAAUGAUCAGGAUGAUCACAAUAUACCUCCCUUUGUGGCUCAUGACUACACAUCGUCACACAGCGAUGGCUACGAGUAUGGAGUAAGGCCUCAUUCACAAAGUGGCUCGAAGAAACCCAUGAAUCGUACAGAAAAAGGCCCGGACGACCUUCACUGUUGGCCAACACCUACUGGAAUUAGUAACGACUCAAAAUUGUCCGUCCAGGAGCGGCGUGCUUUAAAUCCGACUGAUAUAGACCUCACGCCACGCAGAAACCCUUUAACUCUACAAACGACGGCCGAAAUGACUACUCCUCGCAGUCAGCGCACCUUCAAACCCCAUUCCCAAAUGGUCAAGAAAUCGACUGUUGGUUACUAUCCAUUCUUGACUGCGGCAACCUUGUCUAUGCCAUCGGAACCUGAUGCUACAACACCCACUCCGUUCACUUUCAGGGAGAAGAGACUCCCAACUCUCCCCAACACACCUUCAUCAGUUAUGGACGAGGCGCUGCGCAUCAUUGACGAGAGGGAACAAGCACUCGAUGCCGAGAAUAUGGGUAGUCAUUUCUCCGAUUUUAGUCCCACAGAGGGCUCUAUUGCCAGCAGCUCCCCAUGCGAAAGAAGCCGCUUUUCUGAAUGGAGCACGGAUACAGAAUUGAUCUCGCCCGCGUCCAUGAUGUCCUCCUUGACGGUCAACAAUGAUUCACAGUCCCCCAUUCCUGACCAAAUGGCGGUUCCAGACCUAUUGGAUCACAACGCAACGACCGAGUCCAGUGAUCCAGACACCCCUCAUCUAACAAUGAAUUCUAAAUCCUCACAUACUUCACUUAGUGGUGAUCCUUAUUUUGAUUUACCACGCCCUCGCCUAACAGUUUCCUUAUCUCCAUCCAAUCUGGAUGUCCCGGGCCUCUGUAUCCAUGACGAAGAUCCUGUGGAAACCAACACCAAACGACAUGCAGCUUUCUUUGGAGAAAUAGAAUCAGUAGAAGUACUCGGACUCACCAGGAGCCCCGAACCUACUGCAAUGCACUUUCCCGAAGCGGUCAAAGAAAAUAUGCUCUCAGUUUGUGAUGAACCACAGGGUCCUACCAUUGGUGAGGAACAUUAUCGCUCCAGGAGAGCGACAGUUGCAAGUCAGUCGGUAACGAUGCAAGAGAUGAUGGAUGAAUUGGGUUACUUGAAGGACAUAAUCCAGUUGGGAACCACGGGAGAUAUUUAA